GUGAGGCUUAAGCGCUAAGCGCUAAGCUCUCCGAGUCUAGGACGAUCAACGGCAGCGCAGCGAUUAUUCCGCUCAUCCGCCAGUGCACCUCGAUCCUCGUGUCAGCUCUCCGCGCGUGCUUGAGAACGGCCCGACAGGCUCUACAACGUCCUCGACGGCCGUUCGAGAUUCAUCGAGAUGAACCUAUUCCAGAUGCUAACCUUCGCCUUGUUCAGCCUCGCACGCCUCAGCACUAGACUCCGUGCUCCGGGGCCCCGGGUUCGACACGACCGGUACUGCGGCGAAGGGCCAGGCGUGGGAUAUAAUGAUGGAGGUCGCGCGAGCAGAUCGAAGGGACCGACGCAGACUUUGUUUUCGUCGAGCGAAUGCGGAGAUUGGUUCAGGCGGCGGCAAUGUCCAGUCGUGGCGGUGGUCGACGAGGGUCGACAUGCAGUCGACUGCGAGCGCACGAAUGUCAAUCAGUUGUCUCACGAGAUCGCUGACACCGAUCGUGUCUGUCUGGCGUAGGACUGGCG